UGAGCGCGAGCGCGGAUACUGUCAGGUAAAGAGCUGCCGUCUCUCGGUGAGUUGCAGGCAAUGCAGGGAACAGAUGUACUGUAGCAAUAUUCCGAGAUGAGAUCCUUUAUACAAACAGAUUAACUAUGUUCACAUAACUUGGAUCCAGCCUCGGAGUUCAUCAGCGAACGUGAGCGAACAGACCGCUGGAAUUAACGGGAAGCUCAGUCGUCGUCAGCUGGCCGGGGGAAAAGCCGAUCAUACCACCCGGCUUCCGGGGAUUCAGGGGCCGCAUCGGUUGACGGCAGACGUCGGUCUGUAGCUCGGGGGGGAAGACGGGCGAAUAUUCACAUCAUCGCCGACAUCCACUUCUCCGUUUCAUCCACUUUCGAGAUGUCGAGAAAGCUACAAAGAACAGAAGUCUGCGCUGACUGCAGUGCGCCAGACCCGGGCUGGACCAGUAUCAACCGAGGGGUCCUGAUUUGUGAUGAAUGCUGUUCGGUCCACCGCAGUUUAGGCCGCCAUAUCUCUAUAGUCAAGCACCUGAGGCACAGCGGAUGGCCUCCCUCCCUACUGCAGAUGGUUCAGACCUUGGCCAGUAACGGGGCCAACUCCAUAUGGGAACACAGUCUCCUGGACCCGGCUCAGGUGCAGAGUGGCCGCAGGAAACCGAACCCCCAGGACAAAGUCCAUCCCACCAAGUCAGAGUUCAUCAGAGCCAAAUACCAGAUGCUCGCAUUCGUGCACAAGCUGCCCUGUCGUGAUGACGACGGCGUCACCACUAAGGAUCUCAGUAAGCAACUUCAUUCAAGCGUGCGGACGGGGAGUUUAGAGACGUGUCUUCGGCUCCUGUCCCUCGGCGCUCAGGCCAACUUCUUCCACCCGGAGAAAGGCACUACCCCACUUCAUGUGGCAGCCAAGGCAGGCCAGAUCUUGCAGGCUGAGCUGCUCGUGGUGUAUGGUGCUGACCCUGGAUCGCCUGACAUUAACGGACGCACACCAAUGGACUAUGCUAGGCAGGCGGGCCAUAUAGAGCUAGCAGAGCGUCUGGUAGAGUGUCAGUAUGAGCUGACAGACAGGUUAGCCUUCUACCUGUGCGGUCGGCGUCCAGAUCACAAGAAUGGCCACUAUAUCAUUCCUCAAAUGGCAGACAGAGCUCGUCCUAAGUGCCCGACACAGAGUCUGGACCUCUCAGAACUGGCCAAGGCUGCCAAGAAGAAGCUCCAAGCGCUCAACAAUCGGCUGUUUGAGGAGCUAGCAAUGGACGUCUAUGACGAGGUGGAUCGCAGAGAAAAUGAUGCAGUGUGGCUUACGACCCAGAACCACAGCACUCUGGUAACAGAACGCAGCGCAGUCCCUUUCCUACCAGUCAAUCCUGAAUACUCUGCAACGCGCAACCAGGGCCGCCAGAAGCUCGCCCGUUUCAACGCCCGGGAGUUUGCUACCCUCAUCAUUGACAUUUUGAGUGACGCCAAAAGGAGACAGCAGGGAAAAGGUCUUAGCCCUACUGACCCGCUGGACCUGGGCAUCGAUGAUGACCAGCACGACUACGACAGUGUAGCUUCUGACGAGGACACGGACAGCGAGCUCACCACCCAGAACAACAACAACACGCAACGUAGCAACCGUGCAAAGAGUAUGGACUCCUCAGACUUGUCAGAUGGUCCCAUCACCCUGCAGGAGUAUCUGGAGGUGAAGAAGGCUUUGGCCUCCUCAGAAGCUAAGGUGCAGCAGCUGAUGAAGGUUAACAACAACCUGAGCGAGGAGCUCCGGCGGCUACAGAAGGAGAUCACCCGGAUGCAGACAGAGAACAGUGCGCUACGGAGGGGCCAGCAGGCUGGGGGAGCAGCUGGCCAUGGGGUAGGGGGACCUGGUGGAGGUGGGGGAACAGGAGGCCACUGGGCAGUGGGGGGGAUACGAGGCGGAGUGGGUGGAUUUGGGCCAGGAGGGGACCCACCGGUGCUUUCGGUGCCCUCCUCGGCCACCCCCCACUCCCACCCUCACCGGAGGGAACGCCAGGCCUUCUCAAUGUACGAGCCAGGGGCGGCCCCCGGCCCCACGGCCCACGGUCCCCCAGUCCUGGACUCCCUAGCGCCCCGCCUGCAGCCCCUCAACACAGCCAGCGUAAGGAAGGGCGGCUCAGGGAGUCCAUAUCUGUCUGGAUCUGCAGAGAUGGGUAGAUACAUGGUCCCUAAACCAGAGAAGCACGGCAGUGGCACCGACAGCGACUACGACAACACACAACUGUACGACGCCUCAGUAAGUAUGGGCCGCAGCAGUGAAGAGGAAGGCCGUGGGGAGCCUGAGGAGGGUGGGGAGGGGGGUGAGCCAGACCCCACCUUACCCUGCACAGAGGACGUCAUACUGAAGACUGAGCAGGUGACUAAGAACAUCCAGGAGCUGCUCAGGGCCGCUCAGGAGUUCAAACACGACAGUUUUGUGCCGUGUUCUGAGAAGAUCCACUCUGCUGUCACAGAGAUGGCUUCACUUUUCCCCAAACACCCAGCACUGGAUGCAGUCCACUGUUCUCUCCGCCUGUUGGCUUCCAGUGCCUCGCGACUGCAGGUGGAGUGCCGUAAGGCGGCGCCUUCUGAGCCUGGCGCUCCUGCAGUAGACUACCAGCUUCUCACUCAGCAGGUCAUCCAGUGCGCCUACGACAUCGCCAAGGCUGCCAAGCAACUGGUCACAAUCACCACUCGUGAGAAGAAACAGUGACCCGACAAAAGAAAGAGAGAGGAUCAGUGCAUGUGCGGUAUAAAGUGGGAUGGGAGGGGGCUUCCGGGAGAGGGAGAAAGAGGGAGGGGCAGGGGGUGGGAGGGGAGAACGAUCACACUACAGGAUGAAGGGUAAGGAAUUGAAGUGACGGGGGAGCAAGGCUGACAUGAGGAAGAGAAAAGAGAAAGGAAGGGAAUUGGUUGGAAGCAAAGCAGAGGACGUUUGUAUGAUAGAAACACUACAGUGAAUGGAAAAAAAUUCCACAGGCGUGGAAGCGAAAGUAGGGAAGGACGAAAGGAAGGAGCCAACACGGGAACCACAGCCCGCAGGGACCUUAGCAGACUGUUGGAAUGGGAUGUGUACCAUAAACUGCUCAAACUGUGACGAGCAUACGUGUCAUAGACUGCUUUAUUUAUUCUCACUUGUAACUCAUCGUCACUCCUUCUCCCACUUCGGGAGGGAGGCAGCGUAUGCUCCGAGAGAGAAGUAGAUAGACCAGCCUCCACGCCAUCGCAGUCCCUCCGUCCUUACGAGGAAUCGGGUUGUCCUUCCUCCUCUUCUUUCCUCUCUCUAAAGAAGAGGGACCCCGCACCCCCACGCUGUCCCAGGCUGGAUGAGCGUCCGGUGCAGAGAAGGACCUGCAGCCCACUCAGUCUGAUUCCCACACUUUCUUCCACAUGGGGGUAAGCAUUUACAGGAGGGGCUCCAGCUUUUUUUUUUCUUUUUUUUUUUAUUAAACCCAUCACCUUCCCUUUCUUUUGGUGGUACACAGCAUGAUGUGGCAUGUUUUCCUUUCUUUCCUCUCCUUUUUUUGCCUUUUGAAUGUGCAGGUCUGUUUGGUCUGACAGAAAUACUUUUUUCUUUUUUUACUGACUUACGGAAACAAAAACCCUUACACUGGAAUAAUUGUGAUUUAUUGUUAUUGUUGUUGUUUUUCUUGCCUAUUGUUUUUGCUUUGUAUUGAUAAUUUUACUGACUGUCAUUUUUUAUUUUAUGUAUGUUUUUUUUCCUUGUCUCAUUUAGUUGAAUAUGGAGACAGGUGGGAGUAUGUGUUAACCUCUUACUGGGAUUUAAGUCUACAUGCACACAAACAAACAAACACACGAAUCAGCCUGUGAAAAAAAGGUCCUCGACAUUUCUCAAGCGCUCCUUUUCAAAGACAGUUGAGUUUUUAUUACAUUUUCCUUCAUGUGAUAUAUACAUCUUAUGGCCGUGGGGUGUUGAACAGUUGCCAAAGGCAUGGUGCAUUAUGACUGGACCAGGAUCACAACUGCUCCUCCUUCAUGUCCUCAGCUGUCUUUUUUUCCCCUCUUUCUUUGCGCUUGAUUUCUCUUACUGUUCGCCUCAUUACCAGAGCCAGUGGAAUCAUCUCAGAAUCACCUUCGUAAUCAUUUUUUCGCAGUCCCAAGCAGAAUAAUAAGAACAUCUGGUUUCCACAUGGAGGAUUAAGCCCCAGUCUUCCUCAAAAAGUGCUUAUGUGGCACGGGUGCUUUACUUGGUAACUGUUGAGUGUCAUUAAGCGGACACACUGGUGUGUCGGGAGUUGAGCUUUAAAAGUAGACCUGUGGAGAAAAAACAAAAGCACCAGAUCUGGCAACCAGGAUCACAGAUAGCAUUCUGAGGUGCACUUGAUUUAGUUUGCCAAGUAUUAUUAUGUUGUUGUUGUUUUUUUUUUACCCUUGAGACUGUUUGACAAGCUUCUGUGGAAGCCUGCGAGCAGUUUUCUGUCACAGCCUGCUGAUCUGGGCCACAGAAGUUGUCUCUUUUUAGCCAUCUGCCUUUCUGCAGACAGCGUUGGGAACAAAACUCAGUUCAGUUCAACCGACUUAUGUCAGUCGCGUACUGUGCCGAACAAAACUGGUCAUAUCUGUAAACACGUUGGGAACUUCUGGGAGGACUGUCCUCUUUCUUUUUUUUCUCUCUCUCUCUCCCUUUUCAUUUUUUUUAAAGUUAAGAUUCUACUCUAAAACCUUCACCAGUGCUCCAGCAGCGGGUUUCCUCGGUAACAGAGAGAUUUCCUCACUUCGCUCUUUUGUGUAAUCUCAGCGUUCAGUUACUCACCUGAAACACUGAAGGAUCAAACCACAGUCACAUCUCAGUUUGUGUCUUGUAUUGCUGCCUUUUAUUUUUCCCCACAAGAUGACAAAUUGGCUCCAAACACCUUGAGGUAAUGCCUCAUCAUUUCUGUCCACUCCCCCCUCCCCCCGGCAAUAUUUUAUGGUUUAUAUAUAUAUUUUUUAAAUCUUUUACUCUGAUCACUACGUGGGAUUUCAGUCCAUGUCCCCUCAGUCUUUGACAUAGUUGCACACAUGUCUCUGCAUGGGAGGGAAACUUGGACUGUGCGUUGAAAAACUCUUGAAAUGUAUCAUUGUUUAAUAUUGAAUGCCUUUGCACAUCGUCAUCAUCAUCUCUUGUAUGACUGGCUGAGUUGCGGUGAUCUCGUACUGACUGCUGAUACAACAAAAAUACUACCACACUUACACACACACACACCAACACACACAGGGGGCCAGCAAGAAGAACGUGUCCCCUUUAAUCAUGAUUGCCCAUGUUUUAGUCUAGAGCCAUAUAUAUAUAUAUAAAUAUAUAUAUGAACGUAUAUUUUUCAUGCUAUAUUUUAUAUUAAGCUGUAGUUUUUGUUUGUGAGAUAUUUAUAUAUUUGUUGGCCUAAAUGGGCUUCAGGCCAUGACCUCUGUUCACCAAGUCCUUGCUCACCUCUUAAGUCUCGGCACCUGAUGUACUUGGAGUUGUUCAAAUGUUUUGAGGUUACGGUGUGGUGUUACUAUGUAGUCAUAUUGUACAUAUUAACGAUCCUGCUCGUAUCCAUGGGAAGAUGGGAAUGACAACGUGUCUCCUUUGAUCUUAGUUGCACUAUUUUAACACCUGCUGGAUGACGUAGGAUCUGCAGUGUUUACUGCACUCUCCCAAAGGUCUUAGCUCAAGUACAUUGGGUGCAGGAUUGGAUUUGGCAUAUGGAAAUAUGGGUGGGGGUAUGGUCUGAAGCACACUUGGGCUUAACACUACAGUCAUCUCAAAAGAUCACGAGGAGGGGGGAGGGGGUCUUAAAAACGCACAUGGCCCAGUCCUCCUCUGAGUUAGUGGACACUACAUAGGGUGCCUCUAGUGUGAAUGUUUAAUGCUCGUGUCAGUUUUGUCACACUUUGCAGACUUUAUAUGCCUUCAUUCUGUUCAGAAUUUAGCACAUAGACAACAUCAGACACUCACCCUUAUCGGUUGGACCAAGCCAUGCACAGGUACAAACAUUGACUCUUCAGCCAGACUUUAACACACACACACGCAUGCACACACACAUCAGAUUCUCAGCCGUGACAGUGCACUGUAGCCUGUGCUGUCGCAUUCCUGUGUUUCUUCACAGCUCAACAGUUUGGGAGAUGGGAGAGUUAUCUUUUAACAGAAGACAAUUAAGAACUGUAAAGUAGGGAAAACAACGACUUCAAAAGGUCAAUCGUAAUGGAAACUCAUAAGCUGUACAUUUGUAAUAAAAUAAUAAAACAAUUUAAUUGUC